AUGCGCUUCCUAAUCGUGCUGGCCAUGCUGGCCACUGUGGCCAUUGCCAAUCCGCUGAUCAACAUUCGAGUGAACGUUGAUAGCCAGAACGAGGCGGGACCACUACCACCAGGUCCGCCACCACCAGGUCCGCCACCACCACCGGGACCGGGACCGGAUCCGGAACUGCCGCCACCGCAGCCCUACACCAAGCAGCAACUGAAACGUGACCUGCCUGGUGACGUCCCAGACGUGGUCUUCCCCGUGAACGAAGAGACUCCGGCCGGAACGCUGGUCAACAUUGAGGUAUUCGUUGACAACCAGCGCCAGGGCAGUUUGCCAAUUGUUCCGGAGUAUCCACCAGCAGUGCCCUACUAA